AAUGGCUUUACCUUUUCAAAAUCGUUUGGGAAUCAUUCAUGAAUUACUUCAAAAAAAGGGAAAUAACAGCCAAUUUUAUAAAUUCAUAGCCGAUCCUCCAACAACAACCAUGCAACGACUAAAAGCACUGACAACUGGUAGUUUACCUACCUUUGUAGAUGCUGGAGCUAAUUUUGCUAGUGCCAAAGUCCUAGAGGAUAAUAUUCUACGUCAAAUGGUGAAAAGAGGAAAAAAUAUAACGUUUAUGGGAGAUGAUACGUGGGUGAGCCUCUUCGAUGAUUUCCGCAAAGCUUUCCCAUAUCCAUCUUUCAAUGUAAAAGAUCUUCACACCGUCGAUAAUGGUGUUAUAAAACACUUAAUACCUGAGUUAAAGAAGAGAGAUUGGAAUCUAUUUAUUGCCCACUUUUUAGGUGUUGAUCAUUGUGGCCAUAGAUACGGUCCUAAUCAUCCCGCUAUGGCAGCAAAAUUAGAACAGAUGGACGAUGUGCUUAGAUCAAUUGUCGGAGAGUUAAAAAAUGAUACUCUUCUUGUGGUAAUCGGUGAUCAUGGUAUGACCGCCACUGGAGAUCACGGAGGCGAUAGUCCAGAAGAAGUAGAAGCUGCAGCAUUUUUCUAUAGUCCAAAAGAGAUGUUCGAAAAUCCAAAGAAAGAUAAAAUCGAAACUAUCUCCCAAAUUGAUCUUGUUCCAACUCUCUCCUUACUUUUAGACUUACCUAUACCAUUUUCAAAUUUAGGUACAAUAUUAGCAGACUUUUUUUCAAGUAAAUCCAGUAUUAAUUCACAAUUGGAAAGAUUAAAAGUACUCCAAAUAAAUUCUCAACAAAUAUCAAGAUAUUUGCAAACUUAUAUUAAACAAUCCGAUGAAUUUAACCAUCGUCAAUAUUCAGAAUUGGAAAAAUUGUUGGAAAAAUGCCAAAAAGAUUUAAAAGAAAUAAUACAAAGAAUAAAAAUUGAUAGAAAAUUUGAAGGAGUAACGAAAGUUUUAAAUGAAAUUGAAUCAAAUUAUAAAACCUAUUUACACUCCACUAAAGAAAUGUGUAGACUCAUUUGGGCUAAAUUUGAUACAGAUUGGAUGCUUUCUGGAGGAAUUUUACUACUAAUGAAUAUAGUAGUUUUCAUAUUUCUCUUAAAUUUAGAGGAAAUGGAUAUUAAAAAUAUAACAUCCAUUUUCUUUGUGCAUUUCAUUGUUUUUAUAUCUUGUGUGAUAUCAAAUCUACUUGCUUCCAUUAUUGUUGGUCCAACUGUCAUCUAUACUCUCACAAAAUGCAAAAUGACAAAUGAAAACAUCUUAUUAUGCUUCUUUACUAUCCUAUUCAACAUUAUUCAUCUUUCAAAUAGUUUCGUGGUUCAUGAAGAUAAGAUUUUACAGUUUUUACUAACGUCGAUUGUAUGGUUUAUGGCUUAUAGAACAAGCGCAUCCAGUAAGAAGCUACAUCUUCUACUGGUAGUCUUCUUUUUUUCAAUUUCCAUUAGAAUUUCAAGAGAAUUUUGCGCUUGUAGAGAAGAACAAGGUCAAGAUUGUACAGCGACCAGAUGGCUUAAACCUCUCUCUUCUAUAUCUGAUAAUUUAUCAGGUUACAAGCAAAUGAGAUUCCUUCUAAGUUUAUCCGCUAUUUCAACGGCUUCUGGUGGUAUUAGCCUUUGGUUGAAGGCCGUUGGUAGCCUAAACUCUUUCUCCCCACCAAUUGUUUCUUUCAAGUACAUUGUCCCAAUAUGUAUUUUAUCUAAUUGCGUCCAUUGGGCUCUUCAACUACUACCCAAUAAUGUGUAUGAAAAAUUGGAUAGUUGGAUAAUUGUCGCUCCACCAAGACUUACCUAUUUACUUAUUACUGUAUCAAUUCUGCUUACGCUUAUCUAUCCAUUAUGCGUCAUGGAAAUAUCAAAAUUCAACUCAAUUCCACAAACAAACAAUUUAAUUCCAUUAAUCUUUGAACGACUUAAAACCAAAAAGACACCACCAAUUGUUUUCGGACUCCUCACCGUCUACUCGAGCCCCAUAUUAAUAGUCCUAAUUUGUUUAACAGUAACCCUGAGUCUAUUGGUUGGAGAUAGUUAUACGCCAUCGUUAGGUAAAUAG